GAAGGCAGGAGGAUUAUUUAACUUGAUCUUGGAUUAGUAAUACUAAUAUUCUAAUGGGAGGCGGAGAGCGAGAGCCUCUUGUCGAGAUAGAUUUAGGUCUUAAGCUGUUUUUAAACCACUUCUGGGGUCUGCCUUGCGGGCUUGCAGAGUGAAAAGCAAAACACGCUCGAUGAGGACAAAUGCGCCCGUGAAUCUCUGCAUUUUUCCCAUCACUCAUGGUUUUGGAAUUCAGAUUCUGGUUUGACCGGUCUGACAGGAGGACCAUUUGUUGCCUUUCAAUUUGUUUGUGGUGAGACUGACACAUUGAGGGACCUGGACAAUGACGAGCGUUGAGGCAAAGAGAAAAACACCGAUGGAUGGCAAGGCAAUUCAUCAGGGAGCAAUUUCAGCUUCAGAAGAUCAGGAUCAGUUCUUCUCUCUGCUCAGUCAUGUGCAGAGGAGGGACAUGGAUGAUCAACGUUGUGUUUUGGACCCCAACAAAAAGACACAAAAUGUCACUGUAGACUCAGAUCCUGAUAUGGAUCAGUUUUUUAACCUUGUGGCCGACACUCAGAGAUGUCGCCUCGACGACCAACGCGUGUCCAUUGAGGUGUUACCAGGGCUCCGGCUGACUUCUAACAGUGUUCAAGAUACAGAAGUAAAAAUGGUGGCUGGACAGAAACCGAAUCAACUGGGAAACACAGGUCCUGUGAAGGUUGGGCAGGGGUGUUCUCCUCAGAACCUGAUAACCUUUGGGUCUCCAACUAUCUCCAAGAAGGCCCAUUCCACACCUGCCUCCACCUGUCAGGUCCAGCCUGGAUCUGUGUCCUCCAAGCAAACCACUCAGGAAUCAACCUCCUGCACUCCCAAACAAAAUAAGGGGGCGCUCUCAGAUUUAGAGAAGCAGGAAGAGUUCUUUUCUCUGCUAAGUCAUGUUCAGAGGAAGAACAUGGAUGAUCAGCGCUGUCCCUUGGCUCCCAAAAAUAACAUCCCAAGUGUCUACAAAAACAAAAAUGCCAGUCACUCAGAUUCAGAGAUGGACCAGCUUUUUAAUCUUGUGACUAAUGCUCAAAGAAGUCGUCUUGAUGAUCAGCGUGUCUCCAUCGAGACGUUGCCAGGACUGCAUAUAAGCGCUGGUAGUGAUCAGAAUGGACAAGUGAAAAUGGCAACUGGACAGACAGCAAAUAAACUCAACAGCAUGCAGCGAGUGAUUUCAGAUUCUAUGGAGCAAGACCAGUUCUUCUCUCUGCUCAGUCAUGUACAGAGGGGAAACAUGGAUGAUCAACGCUGUGUUUUGGACCCUAACAAGAAGAUCCUAAGCACCUCCAAAGACAAAAACACUGCUCAUAAAGAUUCUGAUCUCGAGCAGCUUUUGAAUCUAGUGGCCACCACGCAGAGAUGUCGCCUCGACGACCAGCGUGUGUCCAUUAAGAAAUUACCAGGCCUCCACGAAGCCGCUGGUACUGAUCAGGAUGGACAAAAGAAAACAGCUGCGGGACAGAAACCAAACCAGCCUGUCAGUACGAGGGCGAGCUCAGAUUCGAUGGAGCAAGAUCAGUUCUUCUCUCUGCUCAGUCAUGUGCAGAGGGGACACAUGGAUGACCAACGCUGUGUUUUGGACCCAAACAAGCAGACCCCAAGUACCCCCAAAGACAAAAAAACUGGUGAAACAGACUCUGAUAUCGAGCAGCUUUUGAAUCUAGUGGCCACCACGCAGAGAUGUCGCCUCGACGACCAGCGUGUGUCCAUUAAGAAAUUACCAGGCCUCCACGAAGCCGCUGGUACUGAUCAGGAUGGACAAAUGAAAACAGCAGCGGGACAGAAAUCAAACCAGCUUGUCAGCAUGAGGGCAAGCUCAGAUUCUAUGGAGCAAGAUCAGUUCUUCUCUCUGCUCAGUCAUGUACAGAGCGGACACAUGGAUGAUCAACGCUGUGUUUUGGACCCUAACAAGAAGAUCCUAAACACCUCCAAAGACAAAAAUCCCAGUCAUACUGAUUCUGAUAUCGAACAGCUUUUGAAUCUAGUGGCCACCACACAGAGAUGUCGCCUUGACGACCAGCGCGUGUCCAUGAAGACAUUACCAGGCCUCCAUGUAACGUUUAGUAUCGAACAGGAUGGACAUGUGAAAAUGGCAGCUGACCAGCAAUCGGACCAGCAUGGUAACAUGCAGGGAGCAGUUUCAGAUUUGAUGGACCAGGAACAGUUCUUCUCUCUGCUCAAUCAUGUACAGAGGGGACACUUGGAUGACCAACGCUGUCUUUUAAACCCCAAGAAGUCACCUGAUACCCACAAAGACAAAAAUACCAGUCAUACAGAUUCUGAUAUGGACCAGCUUAUUAACCUUGUGGCCAGUACUCAGAGAAGUCGCCUUGAUGACCAACGUGUAUCCAUUGGGAUAGUACCAGGACUCUACCUGACUUCUGGUAAUGAACAGACUGGGCAAGUAAAAAUGGUGGUUGGACAGAAACCAAACCAGCCUGGCAACAUGAGGGGACACAUGGAUGACCAACACUGUGUUUUGGACCCCAACAAGAAGACUCCAAGUACCCCCAAAGACAAAAAUACUGCUCAUACAGAUUCUGAUAUCGAGCAGCUUUUGAAUCUAGUGGCCACCACGCAGAGAUAUCGCCUCGACGACCAGCGUGUGUCCAUUAAGAAAUUACCAGGCCUCCAUGUGGCCGCUGGUAGUGACCAGGAUGGACAAAUGAAAACAGCAGCGGGACAGAAAUCAAACCAGCUUGUCAAAAUGAGGGCAAUCUCAGAUUCUAUGGAGCAAGACCAGUUCUUCUCUCUGCUCAGUCAUGUGCAGAGCGGACACAUGGAUGAUCAACGCUGUGUUUUGGACCCUAACAAGAAGAUCCUAAACACCUCCAAAGACAAAAAUACUGGAGAAACAGAUUUUGAUAUCGAGCAGCUUUUGAAUCUAGUGGCCACCACGCAAAGAUGUCGCCUUGACGACCAGCAUGUGUUCAUGAAGUCGUUACCAGGACUCCAUGUAAUGUUUAACAUUGAUCAAGAUGGACACGUGAAAUUGGCAGCAAAUCAGGAAUCAAACCAGCUUGGCAACAUGGGGGCAGUGUCAGGUUUGGUGGACCAGGACCAGUACUCUGUGGUCUGCCAUAAACAGAGAGGGAACAUGGAUGAUCAGUGCUGUGCUUUAAUCCCCAACAAAAACACCAUUCAUAAAAAAGAUUCUGAUGUGGUCCAGCUUUUAAAUCUAGCAGCAAGCACUCAAAGAUGUCACCUUGAGAACCAAAAUGUGUCCAUCAAGACAUUACCUGGGCUGUAUGUAACCACAGGCAAUAAUAAGAAUGGAGAAUUUAAUAUGGGCCCCAGGAAGGAGGAGCGCAGGCGUUCAUCUCAGAACCUUCUCACUGCCGGCUGCCCGGACAUCUCCAUUAAGGCCCAUUUCCCCCCCGUGUGCUUCAACCAGGCCGGCGGUGAGGCGGCGUCUGCCAAUCACAAAGACAGGAAGUCACAGCAUGAAGACAGGAAGGACCAAAACGACGACAGACAGCAAGCUCAGCAGGGGGCAGUCUUAGAAUCAGACAGAGACCCGAUAAACAAGAGGACACCAAGUACUGGCAGACAUGCAAAUGCCAGUCAGAAAGAUUCUGAUGGGGAAGCUCUUUUUAACCUAGUCGCCUACUCUCAGAGGGGUCGUCUUGACGACCAGCGUGCAUCUAUGGGGCCAGCACUUCAGCACCGUAUGUCCUCUGGUAAUGAUGAGGAUGGGCAAGUGCAAAUGCUGGCAGGAGAGAAGUUAAACAGGCUCGUCAGUAUGGAUCCCAAGAAAGAUGACCAGAGGUACUCCUCUGCUCUCGGAAUGCUAAUAGGAUCUUUACAUGUAGUGUCUGGAAUUGACCAUGAUGGACGUCCAAAUGUGGAAGAUUCCCAGCUGCUGUUGUCAGGAGUUCAGGGGUUCAGAAUAGAGGAUCAGCAAUACUCUCUUCAUCAGUCUCCCAGAACCAGAACCCCCAGCACGGUCUUUGGUCAGGGCAACUCGACCAAGCCAGAUGAGAAUUAUCUCCUCUCAAGCCAUGAUGCACACAGCCUACAGAGCCACGGGGGACUCAGGGAUGAUGGGGGGAAAGAGAAAGGGAAGCUAGAAGAAGGAUGCAGGAAGAAAGGGAAGUGGGAAAAGGAGGAAAAAAAGAGGCAGGAGAAACAGGAGAAGGAAGAGAAGAAAAAAGCAGAAAAAAAGGUGAAGAAGGAAAAGAGGGAUGGGAAAAAGGAGAAAAGAGAAGAGGAAACGAGGGGCAAUGAAGAUGUGGGAGAAGAAAAGGAAGGGACAGUGGGAGAGGAUGCUGAAGGAGGGGGUAGGGAGGAUGAGAGGAAAAAGGGAGGGAAGCGGACAGAUAGAGGCAAAGAAAAAGGAGAGAAAGGAAACAGAAAAAAGGGGGGAAAGGGAUGGAAGUAGAUGAAUGAAAAGAGUAGAGAGAAGAAGAAAGAGCCACAAAGACAUAUUAAUCAGAGAAGUAAAGCAAGAUUGAGAUGGGAAAAGGAGGGGAAUGGAACCAUGGAGCUUAUGAGGCUGUCUGUGUAAGAGGUUGUCUGUGUAACUUACCUCCACGAGCGUUUCCUGUCCUGUAAUACCGCGAGCAAUGCGUGUGAGUCAAUUACCCAUCAGUUACUGUAAGAGUCAGAUCCAGUUUCACCCUCGGUUAUGAGGAAGUUGUCGUGAGAAUGUAUGAUUACCCUUUCCAAUAAAAAGCAUUCAUGCAUGAUAAACACA